AUGGAACAGUUCGAGAGUGUAUCUGAGAUAAUACAUGAAUUCCAGGUAAAAGAGACUACGCUUGCAAUGUAUGGAAUAGACUUCAAAUUAUGGGAGAAGUAUGAACCAGUAGCUUAUUGCCCUAAAAUAUAUAAAGAAAUGCCUGUUCUAACCUCAUCAAAUGGGGCAGCAUUGAAAGAGAACAGACGAAGAAGCAUAGUUGAACAUUCAUCGAGCUCUGACUUUGAUAUCAUAGAAGGCAAUUCAACUGGACUCACGCAGUUCAUGAGCGAUUACGAUAUUAACGGGGUAGAGUAUGUACAUAAAGGCGAUGGUAUGGAGCCUAGAAUGUCUUCCCCCAAGGAGAUAUUAGAAUCCGAAAGCAGCGCAGUGGAUAAUGACAAAAAUGACAUUUUGACGAGUGAUUUUUUCCAUGCUUUGUCAAUAGGGUCUUCGCCAAGGCAGCAAUUCGAGAAUUUGAACUCAGAGCCUUUCGAAGAUUUGGAAUCUGAUACCCCAUAA